AUUGAACCCCGCACCAUGCACCGUGUAUUAAAAUGGCCCAGAUAUGAGCUGGUGACUUUCUCUGCUUCAUCCCCGAGCUUUCGAGUUGGUACCACAGAAAACGUCUGCCGUACACGGUGUAAACCAUGACUUCACAGUUGCUUUGGAUCGGCAUUCUCGCUGCUGCCAGCUACCUACUUGGCAGAUCUAUCUAUCGGCUCUAUUUUCACCCGCUAAGCAACUUUCCUGGGCCAAAACUGGCCGCCGUCACGCACCUUUAUGAGUUCUAUUUUGAUGCAGUCAAGAGCGGAAAGUAUCUCUGGGAAAUUGGAAGGAUGCACGAGAAAUAUGGCCCCAUCGUGCGAAUCAACCCUCGCGAGCUCCAUAUCAAAGAUCCAUACUUCUUUGACUCAAUAUACAACUCAAAAAGACAAGGGAAGGACCCAUAUAUGGUCAGAGUGUUUACCGUUCCGCGGGCAACCGUUGCCACAAUCGACCAUGAUCACCACCGUUUUCGCAGAGAAUUGCUGAGCUCGUUCUUCUCGAAGCGCUCGGUGAUGGGCUUAGAGUAUAUUAUCCAGGACAAAGUAGACAAAGUAGCCGGCCGGCUCAUGCGGGCUCACGAAAAGGGAGCAAUUGUCUCCUUGGAUGAAUUAUUUGCAGCCUUGACCGCGGACAUAAUUUCCCACUAUACAUACGGGGAGAGUAUGGGCAUUCUUGACUCAGAAGAUCUUCAGAAUGACCUUCGCGAGGCCGCUAACACAGCCGGAGAGCUUUGUCACUUCUCUCGAUUUUCCUCCAUAACACAGGUAUUACUGGAUAACGCUUCCUGGUUCAUGGAGUUGAUUGAGCCAACAUCUAAAGGCUUGUUCGAUGUAAGACGAAUGUUAGAACAUAAGUUCAUGCUGGCCCAAAAUACCGAGAACAGGAAAGAUGCCGGUCCUACGAAAACGAUCUUCGACACCCUCUGUGAUAAGACCUUGCCGCCUGAGGAAAGAACCAUUGAAAGAGUACGGGAUGAAGCAUUGCUUGUGCUUGGUGCGGGCACUGAGACAACCGGAAGGGUGUUGACGGUUGGUUCCUUUCACCUCUACCGAGACAGGUCGCGACUGCAGAAGCUGCGAGAAGAGUUAAAGCAGGUCAUGCUGGAACCGACUAGCAAGAUUCCUCUCGCUCGAUUGGAGCAGUUACCUUAUUUAACCGCUGUUAUAAAUGAGUCCCUCCGCAUGGCUCAUAGCGUGACGAUCCGCCUACCUCGUGUACCCACAACACCCCUUGCAUAUAAAGAUUAUACUAUUCCUCCAGGGACACCUGUCAGCCAGUCAAUAUAUUUUGUCCAUACAGACCCUAGCGUCUUUCCUGAUCCAGAAACAUUCAAUCCAGAGCGAUGGAUUGAAGCAUCGAGCAAUGGGGAACGGCUGACCAGAUUUUUGGUCCCCUUCACAAAGGGCCCAAGGAUUUGCUUGGGGAUGAACCUAGCGUACUCUGAGCUGUACCUGAUGUUUGCUGCUUUAGUUCGUCGGUUCGAACUAGAGAUCAAAACAACUCCAGAAAGUAUUCGUAUCACUCGGGACAUGGUAAUCGGAUUGCCAGAAUCGGGUCCUUUUACUGUGCAUGGUGUGGUCAAUGAUAUAGUCCUUGGCUGAACAUAACUGAAUCGGCUGGAAUAGGAG